GCACAAUUAUUGUUGUCUAACUAAACGCUUUUCGUUCGACAAAUGGCACACUAUUUCUUGUACGUAUGAAUCACCCUUCACUUUUAUACUAUCACUUCUCACUCUCCUUCUUCACCAUUAUUGUCUUUAACUCUGAUUUCUCAGGCGACCUUCCACUUUGUUUAUCUUCAUUCGCCGGCGUAUAAGUUAAACAGUUGAGGAAUUUUAAAACAAAGAUAUAGAAUGAUGUCCCUUUCUCUUUCUUAUCCUAUACAUCGUUUUGCUUCCUACAAUAAACAACUAUGCGCUUUGAGAUCUCCUCAAUCUCAUCACACUAGGAUUUCUCAGCACAAAUUGCAGCAAAGCUCUAGUUUUCUUGGAUAUAACCCUCUAAGAGUUUCAAUUGAUGUAAGUGGAGAGAUGAAUAUGAAGAGACGUGGAGGAGUGGUUUGUUCUGCUGCUGCUCUUACUCCUAGAAAUCUACAGUGGGUCUGUACUAUUUCCUCUGUGGUUCUCAUGCUUGCGAAGGGCACUGCUAUUCACAAGUCUUUUCUUGUUCCUUUAUUUGCUUUACAAGCUCCUACUGCAGUUGUCUCGUGGAUCCAGGGUGAAUAUGGCAUUUGGUCAGCAUUUUUGGCACUUCUUGUUCGUCUCUUCUUCUCCUUUCCUGGUGAACUUGAAUUGCCAUUUAUAGCAUUAUUGAUGGUAAUUGUGGCUCCUUAUCAAGUUGCAAACCUAAGGGGGACAAAGGAAGGUGUCAUUCUUUCCUUGGCUAUAGCAGCUUAUCUGGGUUUCCAGCAUUUCACACGUGCUGGCAGCUUGCAGAAGGCGUUUGAUCAAGGUUCAAUUAUUGCCACCCUAGCCAUCAUUUGUAUUCUUGCUGUGCCAUUCUUGCUCUUGAUUUGAUGUUAAACUACAGCGAUUUCUCAAAGGAGUCCUGUAAAUUAUUUGAGUCAUUUGAGGGUUGGAGAUCACACAAAUAAAUAUCUUUCUUUUAAUCCCUCGUGUAAAUUUCUAGCUGUUUAUCUAGUCAAGUUUGUGGGACAAAUUAAGGUGAAUGUAUUUAUGCAGGAAUAAAUAGGAUAAACAAGCUUUCAUUUAUAUCCUAUUAAUUUCUAUACUUUGGGCAACAUUUGGUGCUACUUAUCUACGAAACAAAAUUAUUCUUA